GUGCGGCAGCCAGGACUUGAACCAGCGCCGUGUGGGAUGCCGGCGUCGCAGGCAGCGGCCCAGCCCGCCACAGCGGGGCCCUGGAGGCUUUCUUUUGAGCUGUGUGGCGUGGCCGUCUGCUGGCCACAGCUCCAUCAGCCUGUUGACCACAGGAGCACAGCACACAGGUACCACGGAAGCUCAGCACAUGGCAUACAGGUACCACGGAAGCUUGGUGCACGGCACACGGGUACCACGGGAGCUUGGUGCAUGGCACACGGGUACCACAGAAACUCAGCACACGGGACACAGGUACCACAGGAGCUCAGCACAUGGCAUACGGGUACCACGGAAACUCAGUACACAGCACACGGGUACCACGGGAGCUCAGCACAUGGCAUACGGGUACCACGGGAGCUUGGUGCACGGCACACAGGUGCCACGGAAGCUCAGCACACGGGACACAGGUACCACGGAAACUCAGUACACAGCACACAGGUACCACGGGAGCUCAGCACAUGGCACACGGGUACCACAGGAGCUCAGUACACAGUACACAGGUACCACGGAAGCUCAGCACAUAGCAUACAGGUACCACGGGAGCUUGGUGCAUGGCACACAGGUACCACGAAAACUAAGCACACAGCACACAGGUACCACGGGAGCUCAGUACACAGCACACGGGUACCACGGGAACUCAGCACAUGGCACACGGGUACCACAGGAGCUCAGUACACAGUACACGGGUACCACGGGAGCUCAGCACACAGUACACAGGCACCACGGGAGCUCAGCACACACGGGUACCACGGGAGCUCAGCACACACGGGUACCACGGGAGCUCAGCACACAGUACACAGGCACCACGGGAGCUCAGCACACACGGGUACCACGGGAGCUCAGUACACAGUACACAGGUACCACAGGAGCUCAGCACACAGUACACGGGUACCACGGGAGCUCAGUACACAGUACACGGGUACCACGGGAGCUCAGUACACAGUACACGGGUACCACGGGAGCUCAGUACACAGUACACGGGUACCACGGGAGCUCAGGGCACAGCACACAGGUACCACGGAAACUCAGUACACAGUACACAGGUAGCACGGGAGCUCAGUACACAGUACACAGGUACCACGGGAGCUCAGCACACAGUACACAGGUACCACGGGAGCUCAGUACACAGUACACAGGUACCACGGGAGCUCAGCACACGGCACACGGGUACCACGGGAGGUCAGCACACACAGGUACCACGGGAGCUCGGCACACACGGGUACCACGGGAGCUCGGUACAGAGCGGUUGCACAUCUGUCCCUUUCUUUCACGUCUGUGCGCCACGUGCUUGGGAAGCUCCUGUGAGCAAAUCUCCAGCUGGCUUGCUCUCCUCUUCCCUUGUCCACACCAAGCGCCCAGCGCCUGUGUCCACUCCAAGGCACCCUUUGUGGUCCUGCUGGUUAAGCGAUCGCUCUGACACCAGCACCCCGUAGCAGCGUGCUGGUUCGAGUCAGGCUGAUUUGCUUCCGAUCCAUUCCCUGCUGAGGGCCUGGGAAAGCAGGAAGAUGCCCAAGUGCCUGGGCCCCUGUGCUCGUGUGGGAGACCUGGAGGAAGCUCCUGGCUCCUGGCUUCAGCCUGGCUCCAACCGACUGUUGCAGUUAUUUAGGGAGUGAACCAGCAGACGGGCGAUCUCUCUCUCUCUCUCUCUCUCUCUCUCUCUCUCUCUCAUCUCUCUUUGACGUCUAUCUGUCACUCUCCCUUCCAAAUAAAUAAGUUUUCAAGGCGGCCUUCAU